UUUUAAUCAAAUUCGACCCAAGUUUGGGUGUCAAUCAAGACUCUAAGCCAAUCCAAUUUUCAAACUAGAUCUGGCUUUGUUCCCGUGGUGAAAGAAAAAUGACGACCAGAUCCGCUGCCUUCAUCCUUGUUCUUCUUGUUUUAACAGUUUUCAUAAGUAUCACCGAAGCUUCAUCAUCUGUAGAUUUCGUUAAAAAGACUGUUUCUUCUCACUCUAUUGUCAUCUUCUCCAAAUCUUACUGUCCAUAUUGUAAAAGGGCUAAAGCUGUGUUUAAGGAGUUGAAUAAGAAACCUUAUGUUAUUGAGCUUGAUGAAAGAGAGGAUGGCUGGAAAAUUCAGGAGGCUCUAGGUGAGAUUGUUGGGAGGCGUACAGUUCCACAAGUGUUCAUUAACGGGAAACACCUUGGAGGUUCAGAUGAUACCGUUGAAGCUUAUGAAAGUGGAGAAUUGGCUAAGCUUCUUGGGAUUACUUCAAGUCAUAAAACCGACCUUUGAGUUUCAACAACUGGAAAAUGUCAUCCAUUUUCUAACCAUUGUGACGAUGUACAAGUCUACGAUAUCUCGGUUCUUAAUCUUCAGAUUAGGCUUCUUUUUAUGAGAAAACCGUCUGUAGUUUUUAUCGACUUGAUUAUAUGAAAAUAUGUACCGACAAUAACAAUAGUGCUAAUUAUGCUUA